AUGGGGGACGGCGCCGUGAUGGAGUGCUGCUUCAAUUCGCACGAGGCUGGGAAGAAGGCGCAGGCCAAGUUCAACGGUCGCUGCAUGUGGUGCUCGCCGGUGCGCCUCGAGACGGUCUGCAAGGACGCGCGGCAGUCCAAGUUGGCGGCGAGGUUCUUGGUCAUUCUGAACGACUUGGACAAAGGCAUCUUCGACGUGGCCGCAGAGCGUCUCGCCGCGCACGAGAACGGCAACGAGAUCGUGGACCGCGCCAGCGCCAUCCUGGCCGAGCGCGCGGAGGUCGUCGACCAGCAGCCGGCCGAGCCGAAUGAGGGAGACCAGGGCGACGUCGCCAUGCAGCUCGCCGAGGAGGAGACCGCUGGCGCCAUGGGGCCCGCCGAUGAGGCUGCCGCAGCCGAGCCACCGCCAGUGCCCGCUGAAGGCGAGAGCGCGCAGGGCGAGCGGCCGCCGCCUGCGCCGCGCUGUGCUCGGCGGCUGUGCGAGGGGUACGCCUUGGCACAGGCUAUGGGGCGAAAGCUCAGGGCCAAGCAGGAGAGUGGCGUUUGCGUCUUCUCGACGGUGAAGCCAGGGCUUCGCGCGAGAGCAGCAGACGGCCACUGCGUGUUCUGCACGCCAGAGCGCAUGAAGGAAGCCGUUGGGAAUCCAAAGAAGCAGAGGAACGUGGUUUCCGCUCUGAAGAAGUUCGAGCAGGAGAAGCCUGCGGCCGAGAAUCAGCAGCCCGAGAUCUACCAGAAGGCGCUGGGCAGGCUCCGCAGGCACCUGACCGUGGAGGAGUUCAAGACCAUUGUGACGCCGAAGCAUUGCUGCCGGGGGGCUGGCGCAGACAUGUGCAUCUUCAACACCAAAUUGCCAGGGAAGCCCGCGCGUGUGAAGAAGAGCGACAACAGCUUGUGCAGUUGGUGCGAUCCUGGGCGGCUGCGCACCAUGCAGACGAGCAGGGCUGGCGGCAUCUUGGCACAGCUAAAAGUGUUCCACGAGAAGAACCCAGUGGUGUCAGCGAAAGCCAAGGAGAUUGCAAGAGGGGUCUUCGGGGACGACUACGUGGCGAAGCUGCAGCAGAAGCGCGUCAGAGCGUUCCAACAAAAGGCCCGGCACCUCCGGCGGCAUGGCGACCAGAAGAAGCAGUGGGCCGAGGCAUUGAAGACACGGCAUCUGCAGAUGGCACCGCCCCACGAGGAUCGCGAGGCGCGGAAGAGGUACCGCGCUGGCGUACUGGCCGACCAGAAGAAGGUCAUGAAUUCUUUCUUUCCCGAGGAGGCAGAGAGGAGGCCGCGCGGGCGCGCGGACGAGGUCCCGAAGCCAGACGACGUGCUCCCGCCGCUGAAGGACGCGACCCACUCCGAUCUGUCGGCGGGGCUCCGGUCAUGGUUGGAGCGCGGUUCCUGGGGCAAGUGCAGGACCUGCGGUUGCUUGCAGCCGCGGCCGAUGCACGAGAUUGACCUGGCGGGCGACCCGAAGGUGGAGAUACCGCAAAAGCAGUGUCGACGAUGCAACGCUGGGCGGGACUACUGGGCGCCCUGUCCUGACGACGUGCCGAAGCCGCUCCGCAAUCUCUCAGAGGACAUCGUGCAGGCUUUGAGGCCCGUCGAGAUCGACGUGGGGCCAGAGACGCGCUCCACGGACAGCCUUGGCCGCUGGAACGGGUACCGCAAGAAGGUGAAGAUGGUGACGUUCUACUUCUCCAAAUGGCGCGUCGUGGACAAAAUCAGCGAACUUGAAGGGAAGGAUACCCGGAGUACGGCCCGGAGGGCUCACAGGUACCUCAUGUCUUGCGACGAGUCUGCGUACCGGCGGUUCCACGAUAUGCACGAGACAUUCAUGAACAAGCACGGGGAGGACGCUGAGGACAGGAAACGCAGGCGGCCGUAUCAUUUCCUCCAGGAAGUUGGCCUCGAAUGCGCCCUGUGGCCGCAGCUGUAUUGGCGCGAGGACAUGACAGAGACCCAUGAGCAAUGGUCCGACGUGCGCCGCGAGGAGAACCGCGAGGCGAAGGACCCGAAGAAGAAGCGCGCCAGGUACGGCGACGACAGCGAGGAGUCGGCCUGCGAGGAUGCAGAGGAAGACGAGGAAAGGGCCGGUCAGCGCACGAGCGUGAAGCGCUCGUUUAUAGCCAAGUGCAUGUCUGACCUGAUCGGCUACCAAGGCAAUUUCGAACUCCUCCAGUUCGUCUUCGACUUGAACUUGUGGGCCACUCUGGGCGCGAAGAAAAACCUGAAUCUGGAGAACGUACCCAUGCGCAUCCGCAUGAAGGGCCAUCCCUUCUCCCCGCUAUAUUGGAAGGACACGCUGAACGCGUUGGUGGAUCUCGUGCGACAGGUUGGCCUUCCGAAGCUCUUCUUCACGAUAGCGCCGUGGGAGCAGUCAUUCCCGUACCACGAGUGGCUCCGCGACGAGAUGCACAAGACGCUGAAGACGCGAAUGCAUCUGCCCGUGGGCGAGACCUUGCACAUUACUCAUUCCCUUAUGCAGAUCGUCCGCGGGGUGAUUGCGGGAAACAACCAGCAGAGCCAGGGCCGGGCGGACCGAAGGUGGAAGAAGCAUGUGUUCUCGAGCAAGACCGAGGACGGCGUCGGGAACAAGAGUGUCAUCUCGUUCACGCGCGUGGAGUUCCAGGAUGGCAGCCGCAAAGAGGGGACGAAGCGCUACGACGGAUCUGGGCGGCCGCAUUUGCACGUGCUCUUCUUCGCCGACGAAGACGUCUUGGCUGACGCAAAGCUCGAGCAGCACAUCUUCGCUUCGAAGAGCGACGAGUUCAGCGACCACCUCAAGGGCUACAUCGACGGCUCCCAGUUGGACAAGCGCGGCGAGUCGGAGAGCAAGUGGCCCGUGUACAAUGGAGAGCCAGGGUACCACGUCCAGGCAGAGAAGCUGCUGCUCCAGCAUUCCAGUGCCGACAAAGAAGCUGGCCUGCGCGCCUUCUGCGUGGACGUCAUGGACGCGGUUCCGAUUCACCAGGAUUGGUUGGAAUCGGAUGGGGAGUCGCUCCUCUUGCAAUACGUCACCAAAUAUGUCGCCAAGUUUUCAGAUUCGAGCUACGAUGAGUGGAUGAGUGACCAGGCCUCCGCGGACAGCGUGGCUCGCAGGGUUUGCUUCGAGUACCACCCGUACGAGCCCGAAAUGAUUUUGCAGCUCUGCGGCGCGCAGUACCGCCAGGUGGACCUGUCGACGGUGAGCGGGGGCUGGAAGUCGGUGGCGGCUCCUUACGUCGGCAUGCAGGAGACGCCGGCGUGGGUGAAGAAGUACGAGAGCUGCCCGUGGCGCAGCGAGGAAAUGUGCUUGCUGGACUGGCUGCGCAAGACGAACGACUCUGGCGAGAUCGCGGGCUGGCUGAAAGCUCGCCACCAGAAGGCCUUGUGCGAAGCUGCGUACGAGCAUCACUGCGGCACGAUGACGCCUGGCACAGAGCCGCCGUCGCAGACUGCAUUUCGAACCGAUCUGCGGAAGCAGUACAAGCAGAGCGACGAGAGCGCCCCCUUCGUAGACUGGAUGAAGGAGAUAUCCGUGCGCGCGGGCGCGAGCGUGGCCGACUUCCCGACGCUGGAGGAGUACGCGCGGACCUACACUGUCAGAGGAGAGAAGAUAGUGGCGGUGGACACGGUGUUCGAGUUCAACGAUCGUUACUACGGCCAGUGGGCGGCGAUGAACGUCCCGUUCCGGAACUUGGAGGACUUGCAGUGUGAGGUGGUGCAGAGGCUCGUGCCAUCGAAGUAUCAGCAUCUCGCCACAGCGCUGAAACUCUGCAGCGAUCGUCAGAGAGUGUCCGAGGAGUUCCAGGACAUGUUUGUCGACCAGGCAAAGUUCAUGAAUCUUAUGAAGGUCGCUGGCAAUUCCCAGAAAUUCAGCGAAGCCGUGCAUCGCAUGAUCGUCGGGCAGAGAAAGCUCAUCGACAUGUACCUCACGGGCGUGCUGAACAAGGAGGACGAGAAAGGUGGACUGGACGCCGAGGCCGUGGCGAUGGGCAACCGAAGACACGCGCGUGAGGAUGCGCAGGGCGACGUGGUUUUCCUCCGGAAGCAACUGCAGUUCGAAGAGGCGGUGAACGACAGCGUGGACCGUGCCCUGCUGGCCAAUCAUUCGGAGGACUGGGAGAUGGCAGAUCAGGCGCGGGAGGAAGCUUUCGAAAGAAACAAACCUAUCAUCUGUCUGGGGAAGCCAGGGACAGGGAAGACCACUGUGGUAAAGGCCUGCAUCCGCCGCGCACAGGAGGGAGGCGGCCGCGUCUUAUUCGCCCUCCCGACCGCGCAGCUGUCGAGCCGCAUGAAGCAAGCGCUGCAGGAUCUGGAGGGAGUGGAGAUAGCGACAUGCCAUGCCGCCUUCAAGCUGAAUGAGCCGAUCACCGAAGCGCUCCCGCUCAUGACCGUGUACGACUUGGUGGUGGUGGACGAGGUGUCGCUCCUGGAUUGCCCGCAGUUCGAGCGCAUGCUGAAACUGUGGAGCGUGGCGGAGAAAGUGCCGGCUCUGGUUUUCCUGGGAGAUAAGUAUCAGCUUCCGGGUGUCGGAGAGACACGCCCGUGGGAGAGCUGCGCGUGGGAUCGCCCGAGGUGCUAUCACGUCAAACUGGACGAGACAUGGCGCUGCAAGGAGCAGCGCUUCCAGGACAUUCUGGACGAACUCCGCACAAGCAAGCCAUCGAAGGACACGCUACACAAGAUCUGCCGCGGUCGCAAGGCGUGGAAGAGCGGGGAGCCGACCCCAGCGGACCUGAAGGCGCUGUUUGAGAAGCACCCGGACACGCGGAUUGUGACCUGCACGCGCAAGGGUGCCGCCACCGUGAACGCGGCGGCCAUCGUUGCUCUCUACGGCCGGAAGAGCCCCCUGGCCAGUCUCCCCGGGGACGUGGAGCUGAACCCGGAGAACUACUGGGACGGCAAGUUCCGCACCGACCGCCAGCCCAUUCCCAGCGCUGUCCCCGUGUACAAGAGGAUGAUGGUGUACCUGACGAAGAACGUGCGGAAAGAGGAUGACUUCGUGAACGGGAUGCUGUGCGAGGUGGAGAACUACCAUGCAGAAGAGGACAUGCUGCGCGUGCGGACGAAGACAGGUCACCGUCUGGCAAUUUCUCGGUGGACCGACCGGGAGAAAGGGAAUGCCGUUUAUUUUCCCAUCCGCCCAGGGUACGCGAGCACAAUCGACAAGGUGCAGGGCGAUGAGUUUCGGCAUAUUACGAUUUACCUCGACGGCUAUCCCAGGCCGGCUGCGGGGUACACUGCCUUGAGCCGCGUCGCCACGUCGGACGACUACCUCAUUGGUGGCCACGUGGAUGGGAAGCACAACCGCAUUGGCGAUGGAUCGCAGGAGUGCAUGAGGUAUCUGUGCGAGCAGGACGCCACAGACGGCGCCUUCGGCCUCGCUCCCGCGCCCGCUGCGGCCGCGGCCCACGCCUGGCGUGGCGCCUGGCGCACUCUGGGCGCUAUCUCCGAGCUAUCUGUGAAGGACGCCACAGACGGUGCCUUCGGCCUCGCCCCCGCCUUUGCGCCCGCUGCGGCCGCGGCCCACGCCAGGCGUGCCUCGGGCGCUCGUGAGCGCUAUCUCCGAGCUAUCUUUGAAGGCGUGCCUCGGGCGCUCGUGAGCGCUAUCUCCGAGCUAUCUUUGAAGGACGCCACAGUCGGCGCCUUCGCUGUAGCCUUUGCGCCCGCUGCGGCCGCGGCCCACGCCAGGCGUGCCUCGGGCGCUCGUGAGCGCUAUCUCCGAGCUAUCUUUGAAGGCGUGCCUCGGGCGCUCGUGAGCGCUAUCUCCGAGCUAUCUUUGAAGGACGCCACAGUCGGCGCCUUCGCUGUAGCCUUUGCGCCCGCCGCGGCCGCCGCCCACGCCAGGCGUGCCUCGGGCGCUCGUGAGCGCUAUCUCCGAGCUAUCUUUGAAGGCGUGCCUCGGGCGCUCGUGAGCGCUAUCUCCGAGCUAUCUCUGAAGGACGCCACAGUCGGCGCCUUCGGUGUAGCCUUGGCGCCCGCUGCGGCCGCGGCCCACGCCAGGCGUGCCUCGGGCGCUCGUGAGCGCUAUCUCCGAGCUAUCUUUGAAGGCGUGCCUCGGGCGCUCGUGAGCGCUAUCUCCGAGCUAUCUUUGAAGGACGCCACAGUCGGCGCCUUCGCUGUAGCCUGUGCGCCCGCUGCGGCCGCCGCCCACGCCAGGCGUGCCUCGGGCGCUCGUGAGCGCUAUCUCCGAGCUAUCUUUGAAGGCGUGCCUCGGGCGCUCGUGAGCGCUAUCUCCGAGCUAUCUUUGAAGGACGCCACAGUCGGCGCCUUCGCUGUAGCCUUUGCGCCCGCUGCGGCCGCCGCCCACGCCAGGCGUGCCUCGGGCGCUCGUGAGCGCUAUCUCCGAGCUAUCUUUGAAGGCGUGCCUCGGGCGCUCGUGAGCGCUAUCUCCGAGCUAUCUUUGAAGGACGCCACAGUCGGCGCCUUCGCUGUAGCCUUUGCGCUCGCCGCGGCCGCCGCCCACGCCAGGCGUGCCUCGGGCGGUCGUGAGCGCUAUCUCCGAGCUAUCUUUGAAGGCGUGCCUCGGGCGCUCGUGAGCGCUAUCUCCGAGCUAUCUUUGAAGGACGCCACAGUCGGCGCCUUCGCUGUAGCCUUUGCGCACGCUGCGGCCGCGCCCACGCCAGGCGUGCCUCGGGCGCUCGUCAGCGCUAUCUCCGAGCUAUCUUUGAAGGGCGCCACAGUCGGCGCCUUCGCUGUAGCCUUUGCGCCGCUGCGGCCGCCGCCCACGCCAGGCGUGCCUCGGGCGCUCGUGAGCGCUAUCUCCGAGCUAUCUUUGAAGGACGCCACAGUCGGCGCCUUCGCUGUAGCCUUUGCGCCCGCUGCGGCCGCCGCCCACGCCAGGCGUGCCUCGGGCGCUCGUGAGCGCUAUCUCCGAGCUAUCUUUGAAGGCGUGCCGCGGGCGCUCGUGAGCGCUAUCUCCGAGCUAUCUUUGAAGGACGCCACAGUCGGCGCCUUCGCUGUAGCCUUUGCGCCCGCUGCGGCCGCCGCCCACGCCAGGCGUGCCGCGGGCGCUCGUGAGCGCUAUCUCCGAGCUAUCUUUGAAGGCGUGCCUCGGGCGCUCGUGAGCGCUAUCUCCGAGCUAUCUUUGAAGGACGCCACCGUCGGCGCCUUCGGUGUAGCCGUUGCGGCCGCUGCGGCCGCAACCCACGCCAGGCGUGCCUCGGGCGCUCGUGAGCGCUAUCUCCGAGCUAUCUUUGAAGGCGUGCCUCGGGCGCUCGUGAGCGCUAUCUCCGAGCUAUCUUUGAAGGGCGCCACAGUCGGCGCCUUCGGCGUAGCCUCUGCGCCCGCUGCGGCCGCCGCCCACGCCAGGCGUGCCUCGGGCGCCUCGUGGAGCGCUAUCUCCGAUCUAUCUUUGAAGGACCCCACAGUCGGCGCCUUCGCUGUAGCCUUUGCGGCCGCUGCGGCCGCCGCCCACGCCAGGCGUGCCUCGGGCGCUCGUGAGCGCUAUCUCCGAGCUAUCUUUGAAGGCGUGCCUCGGGCGCUCGUGAGCGCUAUCUCCGAGCUAUCUUUGAAGGACGCCACAGUCGGCGCCUUCGCUGUAGCCUGUGCGCCCGCUGCGGCCGCCGCCCACGCCAGGCGUGCCUCGGGCGCUCGUGAGCGCUAUCUCCGAGCUAUCUUUGAAGGCGUGCCUCGGGCGCUCCUGAGCGCUAUCUCCGAGCUAUUUUUGAAGGACGCCACAGUCGGCGCCUUCGGUGUAGCCUUUGCGCUUGCUGCGGCCGCAAUCCACGCCGGGCGUGCCUCGGGCGCUCCUGAGCGCUAUCUGCGAGCUAUCUUUGAAGGCGUGCCUCGGGCGCUCCUGAGCGCUAUCUGCGAGCUAUCUUUGAAGGACGCCACACUCGGCGCCUUCGCUGUAGUCUUUGCGCCCGCUGCGGCCGCAACCCACGCCAGGCCGCUGCCCACGCCAGGCGUGCCUCGGGCGCUCGUCACCGCUAUCUCCGAGCUAUCUUUGAAGGACGCCACAGACGGCGCCUUCGGUCCUGCCCCGCGCACUCUCGCGGCGAUGGGCCCUCGGCGCUGCUCUGGCUUUGCGACCGACGACGGGAUCGUCAUCGAGUGCUGCUUCAAUCCGUGGGAGAAGGGCAAGCGCGCGCAGGGCAAGUUCGAGGGGAAGUGUCAGUGGUGCUCUCCCAUUCGCAUGGCAACCAUCUGCGCGACGCCGCAGCAGUCCAAGCUGACCGCGCACAGCCUGGCGAACCUGCACGAGCUUGACAUCGGCAUCUACGACAUGGCCGUGGAGCGGCUGAAGAUGCACGAGAGUGGCGAUCAGCUCAUCGCCCGCGCUGUCGGCAUAAUCUCGGAGCGCUCGCAGGUGGGCGUGCCGCCACCGCCGCCAAUCGAGGGUGACCAGGGCAACGUGGUCUCGCAGGCCGCCGAGGAGGAGAUUCCUGCUGCCAUGGAGCCCGACGAGGAAGCAGCCGCAGCAGGGCCACCAGCUGCAGCGGAGCCGCCGCCAGUACUCGCGGAAGGCGAAGGCGCGGCCGCAGGGCGCAGACGCCAUCGCCUGUGCGAGGGGUACAGCCUGGCGCGCGCCAUGGGCCGCAGGCUCCGCAGCAAGGAGGACGAGGGCGUCUGCUUGUUCUCCCGAGAGCAUCCUGGACAGCGUGCUCGAGCCCUCGACGGGAAGUGCCUCUGGUGCACGCCUGCUCGCAUGAAGGAGGCGGCAAGCAAUCCCGCCAAGAAGAAGGAGGCCAUGACCGACCUGAAGAAGUUCGAAGCUCGUAACCCUGCGCUGAAGCAGAAGGCGCUGGGGCGGCUGCGCAGGCACCUCACCGCGCAGGAAUAUAAGGUCAUCGUCACGCCGCACAACUGCUGCCGCGGCGCAGGGGAUGCCAUGUGCCCCUUCAGCACGGCGAACCCAGGGCAGCCCGCGUACGUGAAGAAGGCAGACAAGCACCUGUGCAGUUGGUGCGACCCGCCGAGGCUGCGCGGCAUGCAGGGCGUGAAGCGCAACGGCUUGCUGACGCAGCUGAAGGUAUUCCGCGAGAAGGAUAAGGCCGUAUUUGCCAAGGCCGAGGCAAUCCUGAAGGAGGUCUUCGGGGACAACUACCUCGCACAGCUAAAGAAGAAGACUGUCCGGCAGAACCAGCAGGCGGCAAAAGCUCGAAGGCGCACUGGCAAGACGAACUGGCCCACGAAGCUGGCAAAACGGCGGCUGGUGAUGGAGAGCCCGACGGUCGACGAGGAAGCUCGCAAGAAGUUCCGCAAGCUAGCCCUGGCGGACUUGAAGAAGGUCGAGAACUCGUUCUACAAGGACAAAGCCGAACGAAAGUUGCGCGGUCGCGCCGACGAGGUCCCAAAGAGCAAGGACUUGGAACCGCCGAUUGGCGAAGCAGGCUUCAGUGAUCUGUCGAAGGGGCUGCGGUCCUGGGCCGCCAAAGGCUCUUGGGGCAUUUGCAAGGAGUGCCAUGUCCUGCAGCCGCGGCCCAUGCACGAGAUCGAUAUGUUCCUGGAUGCCAGCGAGGAGAUCUCGAAGAGCGCCUGUCGCCGCUGCAACGCCUCUCGCGAGAUGUACGUCCCGCUGCCUGAUGACGUACCAGGGCCACUCCGCGGCCUGUCAGAGGACAUCGUCGAAGCCCUCCGGCCCAUCGAGAUCGACGUCGGCCCCGAGACGCGCUCCACCGACACGUUCGGCCGCCCGAACGGCUACCGCAAGAAGGUGAAGAUGAUCACGUUCUAUUUCUCGAAGUGGCACGUCAAGGACAAGAUCAAGGAGCUGGACGAUGACGCGUGGCGGACGGCGAAGAAGGCUUACAAGUACCUGCUGUCUUGCGAAGAGUCCUCGUACAAGCGGUUCCACGACAUGCACGAGAAGUUCCUCCGCAUGCAUGGCGAGGACGCUGCCGACAGGAAGCGCAAGCGCCCAGAUCAUUUCCUGCAGGAGGUCGGGCUGGAGUGCGCUCUCUGGCCAAACCUGUACUGGUGCACCGAGAUGACGGAGACGCACGAGCAGUGGUCCGACGCGAGGCGCGAGGAGAGGCGCGACGCCCAGGAGGCCAAGAAGAAGAAGGCAAAGUACGGCUACGACUCGGACGCCGAGGAGGACGAGGGCGGCGACGGCGGAGGCCAGCGCACCAGCGUCAAGCGGUCGUUCAUGACCAAGUGCCUCUCGCCGCUGCUUGGGUACGGAUCCAACUUCGAGCUGCUCCAGUUCGUGUACGACCUGAACCUCUGGGCGACGCUCGGUGCGAAGAAGAACCUGGGCCUCGACAACGUGCCGAUGCGGAUGCUCAUGAAGGGCCAUACCUUCUCGCCGCUCUACUGGAAGGAGGUGCACAACGCCCUUGUCGACCUCGUGCGCCAGGUGGGCUUCCCGAAGCUGUUCUUCACCAUUGCGCCGUGGGAGCCGUGCUUCAAGUACCACGACUGGCUGCGCGAUGAGAUGGAGAAGACACUGCGGACCCGCAUGUACCUCCCCGUGGGGGAGACGCUGCACAUGUCGCAUGUGCUCAUGCAGAUCGUCCGAGGCAUGCUGGCGGGCAAUAACAACCAGAAGAUGGACCGCAGCGGCCGCAGCUGGACAAAGCACGUGUUCGCCGCGACAGACGCCGACGGCAAACAGGUUCGCGUCCAGACGUUCACGCGGCUGGAGUUCCAGGACGGCAGCCGCAAGGAGGGCACGAAGCGCUACGACGGCUCUGGCCGACCGCACCUGCACGUCCUCUUCUUCGCGGACGACGACGCCAUGUCGAACAUGGGAUUGGAGCAUCACCUCUUUGCGACCAAGCCCCACGGCUUCUCGGACGACCUGAAGGGCUAUGUGGACGGAUCGCAGCUCAACAAGCACGGCGACGCAGAGAGCAAGUGGCCGAUCUACCACGGCCCGUCGGGGGUGCACGGCGACGAUGGUGUCCUCCAGCUGAAGCACACCGAGGAGGAUCACGACGCGGGCCUCCGAGCGUACUGCGCUGACGUAAUGGACGGGCUCCCGUGCCAUCAGGACUGGCAGACCAGCGACGGGGAGGCCAUGCUCCUGCAAUACGUGUCCAAGUAUGUGGCGAAGUUCUCGGACAGCAGCUACGACGAGUGGAUGAGCGACAAGGCCUCCGCGGACAGCGUGGCCAGGCGCGUCUGCUUCGAGUACCACCCCUACGAGCCAGAGAUGAUCCUGCAGCUGUGUGGGGCGCAAUUCAGACAGUACGACAUCUCUACGGUCAGCGGCGGCUUCCGCACCGUGACGGCGCCUUACUCGGGCAUGGCGGAUGUGCCCGACUGGGUCCAGAGGUAUGUUGACUGCUCGUGGCGCCACGAGGGCAUGACGCUCCUGGAGUGGCUUCGGAAGACUACUGACGACGGCGCCAUCGCUGGAUGGCUGAAGCGCAAGCACAAGCAGGAGCUGGUGCUGGCCCUGUACAGGCGGUACCGCGCGACCGUGCCCGAGGGCGAGGAGCCCCAGGCGCUCGACGCUCACUGGCGCUUCCUGCGCGCUGAGUACAAAGGCAUGACCGAUGCUGAUGGCGGAGGUAGCGGGAACAGUGACGAAGACUCCGACGCCGAAGACGAGGAGCAGCCGAAGACCUUCGAGGAGUUCCUCGCGAAGAAGCACAGAGACGAAAAGAGCGAGGGCGAGGACGACUUUCCGAGCCUCAAGGAGUUCGCGCGAGCCUACCGCAUGCAGGGCGAGAAGGUGGUCAGCGUCGACACGGUGUACGAGCUCAACGACCGCUACUACGGCCAGUGGGCUGCAAUGAACGUGCCGUUCCGAUCGCUCGGCGAGCUCGAGUUCGAGGAUGUGAAUCGCCUGGUUCCGCAGAAAUACAAGUAUCUCGCGGCGGCGCUGCGACUGUGCUCCGACCAGGGCCGCGUCGCUGAAGAGCACCAUGACUUGUUCACCGAUGGCAGGCGGCUCGUGGACUACAUGAGCGCUUCCGCGAAGUCCAGCAAGUUCACCGAGGCUGUGCAUCACAUGAUCGUGGGGCAGCGGAAGCUCAUCAACAUGUACCUGACGGGCAUCAUCGACAAGGCCGACGAGAAGGCCGCGGCCGACGCCGAGGCCGCGGUCAUCGCCAACCGCAGGCCAGCGCGCGGCGAGGGCCAGGAGGAGGUCGACUUCAACCCGAAGCAGUUGCAGCUGGAGGAGGCGAUCAACGAGCGCGUGGACCGUGCCGUGCGGGCGGAGCUGUCGGAGGACUGGGAGGAGGCGGACGAGGCGCGCGAGGAAGCCUACAAGAAGAACACGCCCGUCAUCUGCCUUGGGAAGCCUGGGACGGGGAAAACGACCGUGGUGAAGUCUUGCAUUCGCCGCGCCCAGGAGCAAGGCGCGCGCGUGCUCUUCGCCCUCCCGACGGCGCAGCUGUCCAGCCGCAUGAAGCAAGCACUGCAAGGCCUGGACGGCCUAACAAUCGAUACGUGCCACGCCGCAUUCAAGUUGCAUGAGCCCAUCUCGGAGAGUCUUCACAGGAUGACGGACUUCGACUUGGUAGUGGUGGACGAGGUAUCGCUGCUGAGCUGCGACAGUUUCGAGCGCAUCCUGAAGCUGUGGAGCGUCGCUGGGAAAGUCCCCGCGCUGGUCUUCCUCGGGGACAAGUACCAGCUCCCGGGGGUCGAGCCGACACGUCCGUGGGAGAGUGCCGCAUGGAAGCAGCCGCGCUGCUUCCACGUGAAGCUCACCGAGACCUGGCGGUGCAAGGAGGAGCGCUUCCAGGAGAUCCUGGACGAGCUUCGGACAGACAAGCCUUCGAAGGAGACGUUCCGCAAGAUUGUGCGCGAUCACAAGGCGUGGAAGAGCAGAGGCGAUCCCACGCCCGCCGAAAUGAAGAAGCUCUUCGAGAAGCACCCAGACACGCGGAUCGUCACCUGCACGCGCAGGGGCGCCGCGGCCGUGAACGAGGCGGCAGUCGCUGCGCUGUACGGCCGCAAGACCCCGCUGGCCACGCUGGACGGGGACGUGGAACUGAACCCCGAGAACUACCUGGAUGGCAAGCUCCGCACGGACCGCAGGCUGGUUCCAAGCAAAGUGCCGAUCUAUAAGGGGAUGAAGUUGUACCUGACGAAGAACAAGAACAAGGAAGCUGACGAGGUCAACGGCAUGCUGUGCGAGGUGGAGAACUACCACGCCGAGGAAGACAUGCUGCGCGUGAUGACGAAGACUGGCCAUCGUCUGGCCAUCACUCGCUGGACCGAUCGCGAGAAGGGCAACGCGGUCUACUUUCCAAUCCGCCUCGGGUACGCCAGCACCAUCGACAAAGUGCAAGGCGACGAGUUCCCCCACAUCACUAUAUACCUGGACGGAUGGCCUCGGCCAGCAGCGGGGUAUACAGCGCUCAGCCGUGUCGCGACGUCGGACGACUACCUGAUUGGCGGCUACGUGGAGCGCGACAACUUCAUACCC